UCACUCUCUUCUUUCUCACUUAAGCUUAGCAUCCCUCUCUCCUUCUUCGCUAAGAUAUUAGGUUUCGUCCUUCUACUUAUUCGGAAACAUCACAACACUCUGUUUAUCUGUUUCCAAAUAUAGAAGCCUCUAAAUUUUCUUACCUCUCCUUCAGGUUUCGUCCUUCUACAUAUUCGGAAACAUCGCAAACACUCUGUUUAUCUAUUUCCAAAGAUAGAGGCCUCUAAGUUUUCUUACCCCUCCAUUCAAACUUACCUGGAGAGAAAGAUGAGUGCUGAUUGGGGGCCGGUCGUUGUUGCAGUGGUGAUGUUCAUCCUCUUGUCGCCCGGGCUGCUAUUCCAAUUACCGGCAAGGACUAGGGUGAUGGAGUUCGGAAACAUGUCCACAAGUGGGAUUGCUAUUCUUGUUCACGCCGUCAUAUACUUCUGCAUAAUCACCAUCUUGGUCAUUGCAAUUGGUAUUCACAUACAUGUCAACUAAUCUAUAUUGUUUUCAGCCACCACUCACAAUUGGAGUUGUUUGUUCUUUUCCUUUGAUAUCGCAAAAUACUGUCAUAUUUUGUAAGCAAACUCCUUAUUAGGCUUUUCUUCUUCCCUUAUACUGUGUUCCUAGUUUAAUGUUUCAUAUCUGAGUUUAAUCUCUGACUAAGUUUCCGAUCCAUUAUGUUUAAGUUUUAUAGUAUCAUACACACUCAAAGGGGGGAAACCGGGAAAGUAUCAUGUACAUUGUAAUAAACCUAAACUUAAUGGAAUUGACUUGCAAUUUUAACGA